UUUGCCUCCGCUCCCUUCUAGACUCUCACUGACUAUACACACUCUUGAGUUGUUCGUUUCUUGUUCCGGAGAAGUGAGGAGACAUGGACGCCCUAAGGCGGCGCAUUGGACUUGUGGCGGUGGCCUUUAUGUUUGCGGCGGUGAUGUUGCAGGAGGUCGCGGCGGUGCGUUACAUUGUGGGUGCCAAUAUGGGCUGGACCUCAAACGUCAACUACACAAUUUGGGCUCAGGGCAAGCAUUUCUACAAUGGGGAUUGGCUGUUUUUUGUGUAUGAUAGGAACCAGAUGAAUGUCCUUGAGGUCAACAAGACUGAUUAUGAGAACUGCAUCUCCGAUCACCCACUUCACAACUGGACUACUGGUGCCGGAAGGGACGUGGUUCCUCUCAAUGUUACAAAGACCUACUAUUUCAUCAGCGGCAAAGGGUUCUGCUUUGGAGGCAUGAAAGUAGCAAUCCACGUGGAAAACCCACCACCACCACCAUCAUCAUCGCCCAUAAAGAGCGCAUCUCCCAGUUUGCUGUCUACACUCAGAGGCCAGAUCUUUGUGCCAGCUCUUUUCACCGUUGCAGCUGUCUGGGAUGCAUUCGUUCUGCUCUUGUAGUUGUGUUCUUGCACAAGAUGGCAGCCCAUCCGUCAGUUUGGUCAAUUAUUUAACCCAAUUGUGAAGAAAUAUUGAGUUUGUGUUUCAUUGUUCUGUUAGUUCCCUCAAUUUUUAUUACUUAUUAUCCACCCUGUUUUGACCUGAAUUACGAAAUAUUCAGAUCAAGAAAGGUGGGGUUUGUAGCAAGUGUUGAAGACUUUUUUUGUUUGUUCAACAACUUUGAGGAAAGAAACUCUUUAU